CCUUAUCAGCAGCCACCGUGACGGCUUACGCGUAGCCACUGGCUAUCGGGCGGCGGGCGCGCGCGCCUGAGACAAGGACAGCGCCUGAGACAAGGACAGCGCGGGGCGCUCCCCUCGGCUGACGAUUGCCAGACUUGGCAUUGGUCCGUGUAGCGGCCCUUCGGAUGCAGCAAGCAGCAGUGGGUGGAUGGGCGGGCGGUGGCUUGGUGACCUGGUCCCUGUGCCCGCGGGCCAAUCCGCGGCGUCAACGGCCAUUCGUGCAACUUGGUAGUCAGCGCCACUAAGCCAUAGGAGAGCUAGGCUAUUGUGUGUGUUUCGACUCAGCUGCACUGGGGAUGCCGUGCCCGCCCACCAGGAGAUAUCGACUAAGCGCACCCCGGCGGCCGGGUAAGGGAAGCCCCUCACUGGCAUUGGCACCACACCGAGAGGCUUUCCUGAUGGGGUGGGUGAUGGAUGGAUGGCAGGCUAGUAUAUAACCUGGUCGUUCCCCCUUCAACGUUUGUCGCGGAGAUGGAUCUGUUCCACAGCGAGCCUGGCUGAACCCCUUAGCCCUCGCCUAUAGUCCCUUUUUCGCCCAUACCAGCUCCCCCACCGCGGCCCGCAACCAUGAAGCUCUCGGUGCUCCUGUCGUUCGUCGGCCUGGCCGUCGCGGCCCCCAUCCCCGAGCCCGCCCCUCCGGGAAUCCCGUCCACCACGGCCGCCAAGGCCCAGCUCGCGGGCCUCACCGUGGCCCCGUCGAGCACCGGCACCGGCUACAGCAGGAGCCUCUUCCCCCACUGGAUCGCCGUGUCCGGCAACUGCAACGCCCGGGAGACGGUGCUGAAGCGCGACGGCACAAACGUCGAGACCAAUGCGGCCUGCAACGCCGUGUCGGGCACGUGGGUGAGCCCCUACGACGGCGGCAGGUGGACGAGCGCCUCGGACAUCCAGAUCGACCACAUGAUCCCGCUGAAGAAUGCCUGGAUUUCCGGUGCCGCCUCCUGGACCACGGACAAGCGCCAGCAAUUCGCCAACGACCUCACCCGCCCCCAGCUCUGGGCCGUGACCGGCAGCGUCAACGGCGCCAAGAGCGACAGCAGCCCCGACAAGUGGAAGCCGCCCCUGGCGUCCUUCUACUGCACCUACGCCAAGUCCUGGGUCCAGGUCAAGAGUUACUGGGAGCUGACCAUCACGGGCGCCGAGAAGACGGCACUGACCAGCAUGCUGAACACGUGCUAG